UCAAAGUUUCACUAUCAUUUCUUCAGUCAGCAGACUUUCUUCUAUUCAUUUUGACUUCUGAGUGAUCCAAACAUGAAAGAAAAUACGUUUUUCUUAGUUUGCUUUCUUUCCUUGAGCGUAAGCUUGUCUGCUGGUCAAGAGGAAGGAUCUGUCAGGCUGGUUGGUGGUCAAGACAAUGCUGAGGGCCGUGUGGAGAUCUUUCUAAAGGGAGUCUGGGGAACUGUGUGUAAUAGCUACUGGGACAUAACUGACGCUCAUGUCGUGUGUCGCCAGCUCCAUUUCCCUGGUGCAAUAGAAGCUCUAACUACACCUCAAUUUGGCACCGGGAAAGGAAAAUUCUUGAUGAACACUGUGCUCUGUACUGGAGCAGAGAAGAGCCUGCUUCUAUGUUAUUAUAGUGCAGAGUCCCCCUCGCACUGUGGUCCCUCUAGACAGGCUGGUGUUCGCUGCCUAAAAGAACAGAUCAACAGCGAUUUGAACCGUGAGUAUGAUUUUGACCACAACACGAGUCUCUCCCAUCAGCUGGGGGAGUUGUUUGACAGCGGACGUGACUGUGACAUGAACAUCAGAGUGGUGGUGCACAACAACACCUCUGAGACGAUCUGUGCUCACAGCCUCAUCCUCUCUCUGAACUCACAGCCAGACUUCAGCAACCUCACCAUUGAUACCACUUCUAACUGCAGUGAGCACGCCAACACAUUUGUCAGAUAUUUCUACACAAGACAGAUCAAAUUUACACUUUCCUCGACCCCUUGCAUUCUCAAGAUGGCACAGGACUGGGGUGUGACAGAAGUUCAGAAGGAGGCUGCAAAUCUAUUCAGACAGUUUCUCCCAGAGGAUCCCACCUUCCAGAGUCAAAGCUCUUUCUAUGAGUAUGCAGUUCAUAUAGGUGAUGAAGCACUACAGGAAGAUUGCAUUCGCUACUUGGCAUGGAACUGUGAGGCUCUGAUCCAAUCACCAACCUGGACAAAUCUUUCAUUUGCUCUAGUCAAAGCUCUUCUGUCUCGCCCAGACCUUGUGGUGCGUAAUGAAACCUUCAUCCUGAAUGGACUGGAGAGAUGGUCAGCAGCGAAAGGAAAAGCUACUGUCCCUGUGGACCUUCUAGAGCUUAUCCGUUUCCCCCUGAUACCAGCCGAGGAUUUAUACACACUUAGUGGCUCCCAGUACAAUGCUCUGAAGUUGAAGGGGUUUCAGUUCAAUUCACUGCCCCUAAAAACAUUACUCCCUAUCUUGAGGGAAGAUGAAAAUGUUUACAUUCCCAGGAUUUGCAUGGACAAUCCGUGGAGCACUACCUUUAACCACCACAAAGUCAAAAUUUACAAGGACUUUGGUUUCUACAAUCGUUAUGGCGAGAAACUCAAUAGCCUCACAUCUAAGAUCCGAUCACCUGUUCAUAACAGUGCCUAUUUCACUUCUAACUACAUGGUCUGGAAAAUAAGGGUUUAUAUCAGUCUUGCUGAAUGCUCGAGGGAUGGUGUCACAUGCCCCACCUUGCCGGCUGUUAGUUUGAAGGUUGAGGAAAAGAACCAAGAUUUACCCCGCGAGAUGGCGGGAAAGAUUCAGUACAGCAAUAGUCUCAUUGUUCUGUGUGAAGGGGCGUAUGUGAUGGACGUUCAUCAAUUCUCUAAUGGUAAUGGGGAGAACUUUGUCUCUGUCCCCAGAAGCGCUGACCAAGUCUAUCCAUGCCACUCAGACCAGUUCUCCUACAAGGUGGUGAUACGUCCUCACUACGUCACAGAUUAGUUUGGGUUUCCUACUGGAACUUUGGCAAAGAGGAAAUGAACAAAGGAUUAUCAAACAGCAUAUUUUCUGUAAUUCAAGAGUCUUUUGAAUAUCAUUAUAACUGUUAACCGUGUUUAAUUGAGUGCAUUUAAGUAAACAUAACCAAGCUUGCCAUGUACGUGAGCCUUCUGACAUGAAUCAUGACAUAAAAUAUGUUAAACAUU